CGUAGCUAGCUAGCUAAAGUGUAUGCUGUUAGAUUUUGUCAACAAAACGACACUGAGCUGAAUGUUCUCACGAUUUUACCGGUUUUGGUCGGUGUUAAACUAUUCGGGCUGCAUCAGUACUUUCCCAAAUAACUAGCUAAAUAGUUGCCAUUGGAGUGUCAUCGUUUUUGAAUAUCUUACUGAAUUACCGAAUCUUAACGUCAGCUAGCCUGUUAUCUCGGGGAUCACUGCCCGGAUGCUUUGAAGAAUCGAGCAACGCUAGCUACGGCCUUCCAGUGGACUUGAGCAGCGGCUUUGAAGAAUGUCAGGUAGCCGUCAGCCGCUCACUGGUGGAGGGUCAGGCUCAGGGCCUGGAACAAGCAGCAGCAUUAGCCCUGCCAGUAACACCAGUGCAGUCAGUGCUGUGAGCAAUGCUACAAACGGGAACAAUUCUGGAAAUGCAGUAUCCUCACGAACUAUGGGAACAGGAGGCGAAGGAUUGCCUGUACCUUCACUUGGGGUCCAAUCUCAAAGGGGCAACAAUUUAACACCGCUUAGUGGCAGACCUGGAUCUUCUUCUGGAGGAAGCUGCAGUAAAAAACGACAUCUACAAACUCCCCUUUAUAAUGGUCUUAUAAAUUCUUAUGAAGAUAAGAGCAAUGACUUUGUAUGUCCCAUCUGUUUUGAGAUGAUAGAGGAAGCUCACAUGACAAAGUGUGGUCAUAGUUUCUGUUACAAGUGUAUCCGUCAGAGCUUGGAAGACAGCAACAGGUGCCCAAAAUGUAACUACAUUAUCGAUAAUGUGGAUCAGCUCUAUCCAAACUUUCUUGUAAAUGAGCUCAUUCUGAAGCAGAAGCAGCGCUGUGAGGAGAAGCGACUCAAGAGAGACCAUCCUAAUGGUCAUAGAUGGCCGUUUUCCCAAGAUGUUCUGGGCACAGAUCAAGAAAGUCUGGAUUUGGCAAACGUCAACUACAUGCUGGAGUUAUUUCUGCAGAAGAAGAAGCAGCUGGAGGCGGAAUCGCAAGCUGCUCAGCGCCAAAUCUUAAUGGAAUUUCUUCAGGAGGCAAGACGAAAUAAGAGAGAGCAACUAGACCAGUUACAAAAGGAGGUCAACUUUUUGGAAGAAGACAUCAAACGAGUUGAGGAAAUGAGUGGACUACAUUCACCAUCAAGUGACAUGGACCCCAAUUUGGACAGCACAGUUCCUCAGUUUGAAGCCCCUUCUCCUGCACCCAGUAGUAUUAUAGAGUCCACAGAUUAUAAUCAACCUCCGGGAUUUGGCGGAAGCUCUCAGGGGAAAAGACAAACGUGGUAUAAUAGCACACUGGCGUCACGCCGAAAAAGACUCACUGCUCACUUUGAAGACUUGGAACAAUGCUACUUCUCCAAUAGGAUGUCUCGAAUAACCGAUGACAGUAGGGGUGUAAAUCAGCUGGACGAUUUCAUGGAGUGUCUCUCGAAAUUCACACGGUACAACUCUGUCCGGCCUCUGGCCACCCUCUCCUAUGCAAGUGACCUCUACAACGGCUCCAGUAUUGUCUCCAGCAUCGAGUUUGACCGCGACUGUGAUUACUUCGCCAUCGCCGGCGUCACCAAGAAAAUUAAGGUCUACGAGUACGGCACUGUGAUCCAGGAUGCCGUGGACAUCCACUACCCCGUCAACGAGAUGACGUGCAACUCCAAAAUUAGCUGUAUCAGCUGGAGUAGCUACCACAAGAAUCUGUUGGCAAGCAGCGACUACGAGGGAACGGUCAUCCUCUGGGAUGGCUUCACAGGUCAAAGGUCAAAAGUCUACCAGGAGCACGAGAAGAGGUGUUGGAGUGUGGAUUUCAAUCUGAUGGACCCUAAACUUCUGGCUUCCGGCUCAGAUGAUGCGAAAGUGAAGUUAUGGUCUACCAACCUUGACAACUCUGUGGCCAGCAUCGAGGCCAAGGCAAAUGUAUGCUGUGUUAAGUUCAGUCCCACCUCGAGGUAUCACCUUGCCUUUGGCUGUGCAGACCAUUGUGUCCACUACUAUGACCUGCGGAACACCAAGCAACCCAUCAUGGUCUUCAAGGGACACAGAAAAGCUGUUUCUUAUGCGAAAUUUGUCAACGGGGAGGAAAUUGUGUCUGCUUCCACGGACAGUCAACUGAAGCUGUGGAACGUCAACAAGCCCUACUGCCUGCGCUCCUUCAAAGGCCACAUCAACGAGAAGAACUUUGUGGGACUGGCCUCCAACGGAGACUACGUGGCGUGUGGAAGCGAGAACAACUCCCUUUAUCUCUACUACAAAGGGCUGUCCAAAACGUUGCUGACUUUCAAGUUCGACACCGUGAAGAGUGUGCUGGACAAAGACAAGAAGGAGGACGACACCAACGAGUUUGUCAGCGCCGUGUGCUGGAGGGCGCUGCCAGAUGGGGAGUCUAACGUGCUGAUCGCUGCCAACAGUCAAGGAACAAUAAAGGUACUUGAGCUUGUUUGAUCAUCGACCCCCUUUGUGAAAACGGCAUCAUUCUCACGUUCGGAAGGCCAGUAACUGGAUUGGCAUUGUUUGCUCGAGCGGAAGCAAACAUUGGACAGGUUGCGAAUAAGUCAAGGUGCGGAAGAGUUUUUGAUUUAUGUCUACGACUUCCUUUGGAGCAGACGGACUCUGUCGUUAGCGAUUUUGGAUUUUUAGACUGAAAUCAAGUGAGCACUUCUGGAGAGAGUGGGAGAGGACGAAGACAGUGCAUCACUGAUCGCCUCUCUCGUUAAACAAGCCUCUUUUAGUUGUGAAUAAAUAACAGUCCUUACUGAGUGACGUGAACGUCACAAAAAUCAACUGAGUUGACUGGAUGGAGACAAGACAAAAGCGUCAGCCGGAAUAAAGACAGCCACACAGCGGAACUUGGUGUCAAUUAAGGCCAAAGCACAAGAACAGACCACAAUGAAAUGCUUUCCCUUGUACAGGUUUUCAAUCGAGCAAUGCUACUUUUUUUUUUUUCUUUUUUUUUAGCCUGUUCUCCAUCUCCUAUUUUAAUGUCCAUUGUCUUGUAUCGUCUGUCAAUUACAUUCUCAGAUUGAAACGCUUGUCUUUUCCCUCAUUUUCCAUUCGGCAAAGCUCUUUGCAAAGUGGAAAAAAAGUUUACAGUACAUUCAGUAUAUUGUAACUCAUGUAUUGUAUUCAUUUUUGCAGCAAAUAAGGAAGUAUUUCUCAUGUUUGAUAUUCUCAGAUAGCAUGGCUCUCGUUUGGCACGACGCAUGUGCAAUCGAAAUGAUUUUUUUUUCCCUUUCUGAUUAAUUAGGCUACAUUGGGGAAGAAUAUUGGCCAAUAGAUAAACACUCGAUAAAGCUAGGAAUGGAUUCAGAUGAAACAGAUUUUUUAAAGUCUCGCUAUUUCAGUUGUCAUUGAUCUUAAGGGCUUGGAUGUAGACUUCCCUUUGCAUUUCAGGUCCAGGAUUUAAGGACACAAAUAAUAGAACACUUUAGUUGAGUUUUUAAGCAAGAGCAGACUUAAAAGCCAGGCUUUUUAAUCUGGGAAUCUAUUAGUGUUCCCUUUGUUUUUGACAAGCGCAACUCUAUGGGAAUAUCAGACUUUCCACUAGUGCAAACAUUGGAAAUUGCUGUUAUGAGUUCACUACAUGUACUUUAUGAAACCUUUUUCCCAAUCACUUACAAUGCAGCUGCUCUUUCAUCACUGAGUGUCGGUCUAAGUAUUAUUUAUUUUUAUAAUUUAUAGAGCAUUUUUGAGCGUGGUCCCACAUCAGCCGUGGGCUCCCCGAGGUCGGUGUUUGUCUUUCCGUAGGAAUUCUGUAGUGUACCACACCUAUUCCUAUUUGUGUCUUUCCAUCCUCCAAUUUUAACUACUUUGCAAAUAAAUAAAUAAAUGAUCGACUUUUCA